AUGCCGGGGCUCCAUCAUGCCUCACCCUAGUCUCCUCCGUCAUUUCCUUGGGAACUAAAAGUCCCCAAACGAUUGGUCUACGUGUUUCUAAGAGCUACAAAUCCUGCCCGGAACGAAGGAGAAGCACUCGCUCGCUACCUAGGCGACAACAGGCACGGCCCCUUUAAGGGAAGAGCCCACUGUUGCAAUUGACUCGCUGCAGAAUGUAUCCUUUCCGGAGGGCGGAGCCUGUGUAUGUUGCGCCGACCAAUAGGAAGGCGUUGUUUUCCGCGGGAGAUCUGAAUUUCGCGGCACGCAGUUUGGCGCUAAAAAAAAAAAAGGAGGAAAAAAGAGACCCAGACCAAGAGAGAAGGGAAGAGAGGAAUGGGAGAAUUGGGGCAAGUGGAGCGCUAUUGAGGACCAAUCCGGGCCCACCCUGGCUAGGGAGCCCCGCAGCCCCCAGGCACCCGGCUGGGCCCCCACCCCCAUCCCACCCCCCGCUCCUGCCCCAGGCCUUUCGGGACCUGAAGCCAGGCAAAGGUUUCCCUGCCGGGCUGCCUGGAGGAGGCGGUUCGGGCCCCUCCUACCCACCCCGCCCUCCUGCGGCUUGCCGCUGCCUAACCUGCUCGGACCCAGGCCGGCCAUGCCCAUCUCCUCCUAGCCCCUGCCGGGCUUCCUGGCCCCAGCCUAGCGCUCUCCUCCUCCGUCCCCAAAGGCUCCAGAUCAUCGCCCCCGACCCAAUGUUGAGGAUCCCCAAGGGGGUCUCCCCGGCCCCGGGGGGCUCUGCCCCGGCGGCACCGCAGAAGCCUCCUCAACCGCUGCAGAUCAAGAAGGCCCUGCCGGUGGUGAGCCCCGUGUGGACACCCGAUGUGCGCAGCCCGCAGGGGGGCCCGGUCCCGGCCAGCCACUUCACGCCGCUGUACCCCCCGAUGGUGGCCGCCGUCGCUCCCGCGGCCCCGGGCAGCUGCCUGGACGCCACCCCGCAGGGUCCAGAGAUCCGCGCCAGCCGUGCUUCCGCCGGCCGGCUGCCGGCAAGCAAGAGGAAAUUGGAUCUGGAGGGAAUGGGCCGACAAGGACUCUCCGAGUUCCGGACACCCAAGGGGAAGUGCGGUGGCGGAGAAGGUCUCCCCAGCCCCAAGACCCCAAAGUCCCCGGGUGAGAAGACGAGGUACGAUACGUCUCUGGGGCUACUCACCAAGAAGUUCAUUUAUCUGCUGAGCGAGUCUGAGGAUGGGGUCCUGGAUCUGAACUGGGCGGCUGAGGUGCUGGAGGUGCAGAAGCGGCGCAUCUAUGACAUCACCAAUGUGCUGGAGGGCAUCCAGCUCAUCCGCAAGAAGGCCAAGAACAAUAUCCAAUGGGUACCUCCUGGGCCUCAGGUUGCUCAUUGGUCACGUUCAGGGCUAGAUGAGUUAGUUUCCUCCUCAGAGGAUCUCGGGGUCCCCUCUAGGCCUGUCCAUGGGGGCGCCCCCUCCCUGAGGGAUAGUGGGGGCGCCGCGUGGGGCAGGGGUGUCAUUCAUUGCUCUCUCUCUCCCUCCUUAGCCGGGGCUCCAAAGUCCCAGCCAUCCCAGGCCCUGCUGGAGGUGAACGAAGGCCUCCUGGACCUGCCGCAUCCCCUCCUGCAGCAGACGGAGGACCAGCUGCUGUCCUCGUCCCUGAGCGGUUCGCCUCUGGUCAACUUCUCCCCCCCCCUGGACGAGGAGGACUACCUGUGGGGCCUGGAUGGCGGGGAGGGCGUUAGCGACCUCUUUGAGUCCUACGACCUGGGAGAUCUCCUGAGGAACUAGGGAACCUCGGCGCCCCGGCUCCCCAGCCUUCUCUGGUCUGACUCCUUCCCCUCCCCGAGGGGUCCUCCAGGAGCACCCACGAGCGGGGCGGUGGGGGAUGGGAAUCGGGGGUGCCCCUCUUCCUUCUGCCCCCAUCCCUGAUCAGCUCCCGGGGAGCCCUUCUACCGGGGCUCACGGGCUGGCUUGAGGGGCUCCUUCCACUCCUCAGAGGGGUUUAGACCCAAGUUAAUGGUGCUUCGAUCGGACUCAGGGCCCAGGCGCCCACCAUGCACUUAAUCAUUGUUGUAUUUAUUUUGGGUUUUCAGGUUUCAGUUGUUUCAGUGUUUUGACCACAUUCCCAGGGUUGCUACAGCAGGGAAACCAUUUGUUUCUGUGUUUUUGUUUUUUAUUUCUUAAAGAAAAACAGACUCCCCUCCCCCCCCACCCACACAGCCAGCCCCCUGCCUCAUGUCCCGCCCCCAACUCAUCCAAGAGCUUCCUAGAAGCCCUUCUGAGCCUCCUGGAUAGCUUUGAUACUUCCUCAGCGCUGGUGGGGGAGGCUGUGCGUGUGUGCGUGCGUGUGCGUGUGUGUAUCUGUCUGUCUGUCUGUGGGACAGGCUUGGCACAGCGUGGCCAGACUAGCCGUGCCAGUGCCAGGCCCUCUCGUUCCCUCCCUUCCCCUUUGUAGGCAGCUGACGGGAGCUCGGUGCUCCGGGCCCGACGGGCAUCGUUCUGUGCCACGGAAAGGUGCCAGCCCUGCCCUCCACGCCCGGCUCACCAGCCCUCUGUCUGGCCAAGGAUUCUCCAGUGAAGAGACUCUCCGGGGCCCUGAUGUGUGCAGCCUGGGGUGGAUGGAUGGAAGAGGCCCCUCGUCCGCCCCUUCUCUUCCCCGGCCUCCUCUCCCCCUCCCCACUCUGUAAAGCACUACCUUCAGGAGGAAGGAGGAGGCCCCGGAACACUGACACGACACCCCCUUCCGAUGGCCCCCCGUCGGGGAUGGGGCGGCCCUGGCAGGUUGGACCUUCUGUCUGCUGGCAAAGAUGCGGACUUUUUUUAGGGCGGCGGACCCAAGCCCUCUGGGCUGGCUGGGAAGCACUUUUUCUUUCUUUCUUUUAAGUUGAAAUUUGUGGCAUUAAAUUGUGUUAUGAUAAA